AUGGCCAAUCUCAUCAAGUCUGUUUUGAGAGACUACGAUCGUCUCCUUGUUGACUGUGAGGCUUAUGGCCAUGAUAUGGCAAUCAUCCUCCAAAUGCGAAAGGACAAUCCACCUGUGCAAGUCCCAUGGCAUCGCUCCGAGGCAAAACCGCUUCUUGAAAAAGACAUCGAUGAGAAGAAGCAUCUUGAAAUUGACCCUGAAACAGGAGAGAAGAUCAAGCCUCGACAGCUGUAUCAGUCCAGAGUCGAAUACAGAGAAUACAAGCUCAAAGUGUUUCGUGAUCAUCUCUACCAAGAGGUGAAAAAGCGAGAGAGAAAGCAAUUUAGGUUUGAGAAGAAGAAUUCAAGAACCAAGACAAAGCAGAAGCUCCGUGCACCAGCAACUGUAGUUGAAGGUGGGCCAACUUACCAUGACGGGUAUCCACGAGAUGAGGAGAGUUAA